UGGUGGUUUGGGGCCUCCCUCACCCCUCAAGAAAAGGGUUUCCUGAUGUUCCAAGUUAUUGAGGCAGAUAAGUUUUCGCAGAACACUCAGGGAACACUCAGCAUCACAGGGCAAAGGCCAUCCAGAAAUGAUAGGAGACGGAUACUUUGGAGGACCCCGACCCCUGACCCUUUGCACUGUCCUUGCGCUGUUUGGGGCUCUGGUGAAAUCCAAAGUCACUGAGGAAGACCUUCUCCUGUUAUCGGAGGACCAGGGGGUCCCUCAUUGCUUUUCCAGAAACUUAAAAACAGUCACAUGUUACUGUGACUCCGAGGAGCUACUGGCUGGAGAUGACGCUGGAGACCGUCAUGUAACCUAUGGUUUUUAUUACUCCUAUGAGCAGGAGCCGGAAGAGGAAUGUGACAUCACUAUACAAACUAUACAAAAUGGCAGCCGAGUACUCUAUGUCUGCGAGCACGACGACGUCCGCUUGUUCAUUGACCUUCAUGUGUUAGUGAAGGACAAGAGUAAAAAUCUGACCCUCAGUAAACGCUCAUUUGAAGUUGGACUCAUAGCAAUAUUACAAAAUCCAAGUGAUGUCACGGUUUUAUGGGAAGUAAAUUCUGAACGGUUCCAUGUCAUCUGGAAACCUCCGGAAUAUGAUAUGCCAUUUCUUCUGCAAUACCAAGGGCAGUAUUGGUCGGAGGACGCAACAGAGAAAAAAAUAAUGACUGUAUUGGACCAAGAAGUCCAGCUUCCUCAGCUCAUACCUGGCCGGCGCUACCAUCUUCAGGUGCGAACGUCUUGGAAUGGUGAUGGACCCUCAGUCUGGGGCCCUUGGUCAGAGGUCGUGACCUUUUACAGCCCACUGUCUGCAGAUAUCAUUGGGCUAAUGUGCUUUACCUCUGACCUGUCUCAAGUUUGCUGCAAGUGGGAUAGAAAGUCUGCUAAUGCGCAGUGGUCCUACAGAUAUCAGCAAGAGAGCAGUGCGGCCUGGCAGCCAGGGGAGGAGGAUGUUAAUGUAACAGGCUGCAACUUUGUGUUCCUGCCACAAGAAGACCUACCAAUAUCUGUGGAAUUGAAUGUAACAUAUGUGAAUGGAAAUUGGACGGUGUACUAUACAAAACUAUUCUUGGUUAACCACAUAGUGAUUCCUCCUGUACCCAAGCUACAUGUCCAGGAGCUUCCUGGCAACAAACUGGCUCUUAACUGGUCGAAUCCCCUGCCGGGCCUUGAAAAUCAUCUGAUUUACCAGAUCCGCUUCUCGGAGGACAGUGAAAAAACGUGGACGACUGUGCAGGUCCCGGCAGAUGUUCACCACAAGCUGCUGUCUUUGGUUGCUGGCACAAGCUACAUUUUGCAAAUUAGAGCGAGCCCAAGUCCAAACUCAAAGAAAAUCAAGGGAUUCUGGAGCAAUUGGUCCCCUCGCGUCUUCUCCAAGAGUCCACCCAGCACUGGUUGGAUUAUACCGGUAAUCAUAUUGUGUUUGGUGAUAAUCCUGUCAGCGGGGCUUGUUGUAUGUUAUCUUUUUCCCUCUCCUUAUAGAAAACUGAAGGAUAAAUUGUGGCCUUCCGUGCCCAAUCUGCACCGCGUGCUGGACUCAUUCCUGGCUGAGAUACAGAAACAAUACCAGCCCAGUGCUACGCUAUACGAGAAACCUCUGGAAGAAGCUCCACAAUCCUCCUGUCUGGAAAUACUUUGUGAAGUGACACUUACCGGUGAAGUACCACCAACAUCUCGAGAUUACGUUCAGCUGUCACCUCCCAGCUACGAAAAUGAAGAUUAUUGGCCAAAGAUAGAUCUCCUGGAGCUCAGCCUGGAAUACAGCCCUUAUAACCAGCCGCCCAAUUGUGUCACCAAUCAGACUUACUUGCCCACCAGCUGGAGCUUGUAGUACCCUGGGAUUUUACUUAAAAAGGAAAAUAAAAAGAGAACGGUGUAAAUACUGUAACCUAAAUGAAAGUGAUACAGGGAAACAGAGCAGCCAUCAGGGGGGGACUGAGGGGACUAGUGUUCCGGGCCCUUACAGAGAGGGGGGCCCACCCCUGGUUCCUACCACCAAUACCUGUAGAGCUGCACCAGUCUGUGAAUCAGCAGCAGUCUGAUGCACAGGGAGGACUUUUUAAAAGAAGCCUUCCCUGCACAUCAGAUCUCUGUGAACCGUUCCUGUAGGUCCGCAACACUCCACCUAUAUGUUACUUCACAAUAGGGGUGGAGCAGUGCGGCAGAAUCUUUAUUUUGGGAGGAAGGGUCCUGUUUAUUUUGUCAGUCCCAGGCACCACAAUUUCUAAUCUCAUCCCUGCAGGGAAACUUUUAUAAUCCAUGUCACACUGGAUACAAAAAAAUGGCAAUGUUAAUAUGUAUUUUAUGUAAACCUGUUGUCGAUAUGAAUAUACAUUAUGAUUUUGUAACCAAGUCAGGCUACACCCAACAGGGCAUGAUAUGUGGAUCUCCUGGACAGGUAGGUUAAUCACCGGUUACUCUAAUUUGAUACCAAACUCUGCAUUAAUUUUCUCUGACACAUUGUGGAGCAAAGGAGUAAAAAGGUUCCAGGAAUUGCACGUGUCCCUACGGAACUAAAGAAGCUGGAAUUUUUUAUACCAGUGAUUUGCUGCCAAUUGUAGGAGAUACUGUAUUGUUCCGUUACAUUGCUCUGCAAUUUGUAAAAUAUUCUAUGUAUUAUAAAGUUUUUAACCUUUUAUAUAAGUAUUGUAUAUGUAUGACUGUAUGUACUAGGAAUACAUCAGGAAAGUGUGAUCUGUUCAGGAUACCGGUGUUCAGCAUCCCCCACAGUCAGAAUGCUGACGCCGGAAUCCUGACACUGCUCAGAAUGCCGACACCAGCAUCACAACAUGGAUCGAAAUGCCGGCACUGGGAUCCUGAAAGACGGAAUCCUGAUCGAGCUCUGCCAUGACUCCUGGUUGAUAAUCUGUGGUGGGUGGAUGUUAGGUUUAGGCAGCUGGGGGGUGGGUUAAGGUUAGGCUGCGGGGAAGGGAGAGUAAGAGUUA